ACUCUCAUUUUAUUCAUCUCCUCUUUGAUCUCCUCUUUGAUCUCCUCUGUUUCUCCUCUGUUUCUCCUCGUCUGUCUCACCUCACACAGGGCAGGUUGGUUGUUUGGAAAUGAAGCUGCGUGUUCUUCUUCUCUUGUUCUGUCUGUGCUGCCUGGGACUGACAGACGAUCCCAGUCCAGCAGCUCCAGAUGUUUCUGGUCCUGUAGAUGAAGAGGAGGAGACGGAUCAAAGCUGUACUGGAAAUCAGGAGUUCAGCCCUGAGCAACACAGGGCUCUAGGUGGCGCUAUAGAGCGACUGGGUUUACAGUUUCUGGAAAAUCUUCCUCUUGGUCCAGAGCAGCCGAACGUCAUCCUGUCACCUCUCAGUCUGGCCUUGGCCCUCGCUCAGCUCACCUUGGGUUCUCGUAACGAGACAGAGAAGCUGCUGCUGAAGAGCCUCAACGCCAACUCUGUACCCUGUUACCAUCAUAUCCUGGGAAGCCUUGUACCUCAUCUCAGCAACACAUCACUGGAUGUGGCAUCACGCAUGUACCUGAGACCAGGAUUUGAGGUGAAGCUGUCGUUUGUGCUGGACUCUCUGGCCAGGUACCAAUCACAGCCUGUUCCUCUGGUCUCUGUAGACGAGGUCAACCAAUGGGUGGAGAACGCCACCAAUGGUCACAUCCCCGACUUCCUGGAGAGUAUUCCACAUGACGUGGUGCUCAUGCUCAUAAAUGCUGUUUACUUCAAAGGUGAAUGGCAGACUCGAUUUGACCCCCAAGUGACCUCAAAGGGAGUCUUCUAUCUGGACGGCCAGAACUCGGUGUCAGUGGACAUGAUGAAGUCUGCUCAGUAUCCUCUCCGCCUCCUCGAUGAUCCAGAGCUGGAAGCACAAGUUGCCAGUUUUCCCUUCAAGGGAAAUACCAGCUUCUUAAUCGUCCUGCCUUUGCCAGGGAGGGAAAACGUGUCCUCAGUGCUUCCCAGACUGAAUAUCUCGGACCUCUAUAGACGUCUACCUCAGGAGAAAACAAUGCAGGUCAACUUACCCAAGGUGAAGCUGCAUUACCACCAUGAGCUCCAGGAGGCGCUGACCAAAAUGGGCCUCGGUUCUCUGUUUUCAGGGCCCAACCUCUCUGGGAUUUCCGACCUGCCUCUGAAGGUGACGGGUGUCCUCCAUGCCAGCACAGUAGAGCUAAGUGAGGAAGGUGUGGAGGCGUCCGCCACCACGGCGGUGACCUCCGUGCGCUCCGUCUCCAUCUUCUCAGUCAACUCCCCCUUCCUCUUCGCCCUCGUUGAUGAUGCCUCCCUGGUCCCGCUCUUCAUGGGCAUUGUCACAAACCCCGCCCCCAACAAAGACGCCAUGCUCAAUGAUGAUCCCCAGAGCAACAGCACCAUGAGCGACCAGCCUGUGACGGACAGUGUCAGGGAAAGAGACAUGAACAGCAAACACAGCAACAGGUCGCACAGGAAGUUACAGUCAGCGGAAGGCAGCAGGAUGCAGCCAGGCAGCGCCCCCGCUGGUGACAAAGAACAGCUGCAGAGUGUAAAUGGACUGGAGGGCAUCGGGCAGAAGACGGCACAAGACAACGAAACCUGCUCCAAACCGGUCGACUCUGCACCCAAUUUGAAACAUUAGUCGUUAAUAGUUCGACAUUUUGUUGUGUUUCUUGCUGAGGGUUCGAUGCUCAGACUGAAAUCUCUGUAUACGAAGCUACAGGCGGCAACUAGUUAGUAAAACUUAGCAUAAAACUAGAAAUCUUGUUUGUUAAUUCUCAUCUAAUCUAUGCAAGAAAAUGUUUAACUCGUUUCCCAAAUGGUCCGAUGUUUGGUUCAAAGUAAAUUCAGAUCACCUUGGUCCUGUGUGGUUCAAGAUGCAUUGUGUUAUCAAAGUGGGAAAAUACAAAUGCAGUGAAAUUACUGUGAUCAGCAAGUUUUAUAUGAAGAGAGACAACAAUUCAACUUCAGUCCCAAGUAAAGACGUUGACACACGUUAGGAAUAACGACUUUAACCUCUGGACUCAUUUUGCUCAAAAUUAAACUCACUUUAAUUAA